AUGCCCAGGAAUCUCCUGUCGGACCUUUCCGAAAUGGCAUCUGAAGUCACCCCGAAUCACGUGGAGAUGGGUGAUGGUGCAGAGAAUCGCAGCACCCAAGCCAGGUGCAGAAAUGCUGCCUCGGACGAUGAGGGGCUCAAGUACUUAACUCACGAAGAGAAGGAUGUUCUCAUGUUCUUUGAGGAAACCAUCGAUGCCUUAGAUGAUGCCUUGGAGGAACCAGCCCUGCCUGACAGCGGCCUCCACUCCCAGUCUCCAAGGUCAACAGAAGAAAACGUCUCCAGCCACUCCGAGACUGAGGAUAUCAUUGACCUGGUGCAGUCCACGCCUGACGGCAGCGACCACGAAGAGCCUCCCACGAGAGAUGCAGAACCAGUGUUGGACUCUGCCUGGAGUAGCCCUAAGGCAGCGGUGCCCGCUGAACCAGCACCACUGGCACGGGAGAUGCUUCCUCCUCCUCCUCCUCCUCCCCUGCCGGCCGUGCAGCACCCCAGGCUGCUCCGCUCCGUCCCCACUCCGCUCAUCGUGGCCCAGCAGAUGUCCGAGCAGCAGCAGGGGGACGGCAGGACGCGCUUCCCCGGCGCCCCCAAGGAGGGCAAUCCCGAACGGAAGAAAACCCCGGUGCCCAACGGGGACUGCGCGGCGCCCGCGUGCAGACACCCUCCCGCGCCCGCGGCCCGGCUGCCCCGCUUCCCCAGCAACAUCAACAUCACCAACGCGGGCGGCAGGGAGUUCAGCGAGACCAUCUCCAGGGCGGCCGUGAACGUGCAGGAGCGCAGGGCGCAGGUGCUGGCCAACAUCCACGGCGGAGCCUUCCCGGCGGCCGGGCCGGAGGAGAGGCUGCAGGCAGACGGUCUUCCCAACGGACACCAGAACAUCCAUGAGAUCUUAAGGAGCGAGCCCAGCCCUUUCCUUCCUCUGGGCAAAACUGUAGCAAUCCAACCAGAGGUGUCUCUUGCCGCCAACAAGGUCGCUCAGCAAAACACGGCGAAGGAUUUUCCCGAUCACAAGCAGCCUGCUCUAGCCCUGGAUAUGCGGAGGAGGGCGGGCUCGCUGCCUCGGCCCUCGGGAUUCCGGCCCCAGGGGGUCACGGUGAGGUUUUCUGGACGUGGCUCCACGGAGGAGGCCAGAAGGGAGGCGCUCCGGAAGCUGGGACUGCUGAAGGAGACGGCGUAA